AAGUAGUAAUUUCAAGAUGGCGUCGAGUAUAGGUUACUCCUUAUUUGACUACGAUUGGUAAGGUUUUAGUCGGGAAUCGUGGAGAACGUUAACUAGUACAUAUAUCAGGAAGUAAAAAAUGCAGUGAUAUUAAAAGACAUUUAAUUAUAUGCAAUGUUUCUUUAGAAUAUAAUCGAAGAUCAAUCUUAAUGUUGGAUUGUCUGUUGUGAUAGUUGAUGUUAAGCCUCGUUGGAAGAUCGUUUGGUUUCGUUGGGGAAAGAAAAAAUGGAUGAAUGAAACAGUAUUACAAGUUUAUUAUUUGUUAGCUGAGAAGAUCUUCCAUUAUCAAAGCUUGAAGUAUCUAUAAUUUUCAUCAUCAGAUUUUAUUCAUUAAGUGAAAUAGGGAUCCAAUCUGUCCUAAAUUUAAAUUUUAAAUCUGUGAUGAGUCUUUUGAUUUUAUAUAUUGCUCUUUAACAAAAGUAUACCUGAUACUCCAGAAUUUUGAAUUAAAUGAACUUGAAAAUAACUUACAUGAGACAUUUUACUAAGAUGAAAGAAAACUGCAGUGAAAGUUGUCAGAUUUCGCAUGAAUGAAAUUGAACUGUGCCAUGAUAAUCAUUCAAAAGCCAGUUUAAUACAAAAUGCAAAUAUCAUAGAGAUUAUGAUAUGAGGUAAUUAUGGCAGACACAAGAAGACGUGUUAAAUUAUAUGCAUUGAAUGCUGAUCGUCAAUGGGAUGAUAGAGGUACUGGUCAUGUGUCUUCAUCUUAUGUUGAGCGACUCAAAGGAAUGUCUUUAUUAGUAAGAGCAGAAUCAGAUGGUUCUCUGCUUUUAGAAUCGAAAAUUCAACCUGAUACUGCUUAUCAAAAACAGCAAGAAACAUUAAUUGUUUGGUCUGAAGGAGAUAAUUAUGAUUUAGCUUUAAGCUUCCAAGAAAAAGCUGGUUGUGAUGAGAUAUGGGAAAAAAUAUGUCAGGUACAAGGUAAAGAUCCUUCAGUUGAUAUUACUCAAGAUAUUGUGGAAGAAUCAGAAGAUGAACGUUUUGAUGAUGUUUCUGAUUCAGCUCCUCCUGUUGAACUUCCUCCAUGUGAACUUAGUAGAUUAGAUGAAAUUAGUGAAUUAGUGAGUAAUUGUAUCCCAUCACCAAUCAGACGUGAAAGACUUGCUAUGGCUUUAGAAUCCGAAAAUUAUAUCAAGAAGUUGCUUGAAGUUUUUCAUAUGUGUGAAGAUUUAGAAAAUAUUAAUGGACUUCAUCAACUUUUUGAAAUAUUCAAAAACAUUUUUAUGUUAAACAAAAAUGCACUUUUUGAAGUAAUGUUUUCAGAUGACACUAUAUUUGAUGUUGUUGGUGUAUUAGAAUAUGAUCCAGUAUCACCUGUACAAAAACGUCAUCGUGAGUACUUACGGAAUGUGUCAAAAUUUAAGGAAGUAAUACCCAUAUCAAAUCCAGAAUUGGUGAGCAAAAUUCAUCAAACGUAUCGUGUACAGUACAUUCAAGAUGUUGUCUUGCCAACUCCUUCUGUGUUCGAAGAAAACAUGCUCUCAACAUUAAGUUCAUUCAUAUUCUUCAACAAAGUAGAUAUUGUGUCUUUACUUCAGGAUGAUGAUAAAUUCCUUAGUGAGCUGUUUGCACAAUUGACUGAUGAAGCUACAGAUGACGAAAAAAGGAAAGAUCUUGUAUUGUUCUUAAAAGAAUUUUGUAUGUUUUCUCAAACUUUACAACCUCAGAGCAGAGAGUCAUUUUUCAAGACGUUAUCAAGUUUAGGAAUAUUACAAGCACUGGAAAUUACGCUUAGUAUGGAUGAUAUAACAAUUAAAACAGCUUCUAUCGACAUAUUGUCCUAUGUUGUGGACUUCAGUCCGUCCAUGGUUCGAGAAUAUUCUAUUCAACAAGUGAAUACGCAAGAUGAUGUAAUAGAGAAAUAAUUAUUACAAAUAUAUAUUGCAGUAUUGAGUAAUAAAGUUCAUAUUAAAAUAUUUUAAUUUGCAGAGUUAGGAGGUGCUGUGCAGUUAUCUGGUAUAUUAAGGUUAUUAUUAGAUCCUGAAAAUAUGCUUGCAACUGUAAAUAAAUCUGAAAAGACAGACUUCUUGAAUUUCUUUUAUAAACAUUGUAUGCAUGUGUUAGUUUCACCAGUUUUAGCAAACACGGCUGAAGAUAAACCAAGUAAAGAAGAUAUACAAACUGCACAGUUACUCGGUUUAAUACUGGAGCUUCUAUCUUUUUGCGUGGAACAUCAUACUUAUCAUAUUAAAAAUUACAUCCUUCAUAAGGAUUUGUUGCGCAGGAUUUUGGUACUCAUGCAGUCAAAGCAUACAUUCCUUGUUCUUGGUGCCCUGCGUUUUAUGCGGAAAAUAAUUGGUCUCAAAGACGAAUUUUAUAAUCGGUAUAUUGUAAAUGGAAAUUUGUUUGCACCUGUAAUCGAUGCCUUUAAGAGGAACAAUGGAAGAUAUAAUCUAUUAGAUUCUGCUGUUAUUGAAAUGUUUGAAUUUAUUAAAGUAGAAGAUGUAAAAUCCUUAUGUACCCACGUAGUAGAAAAGUAUGGCAAAAUUUUGGACAAAGUUGAUUAUGUUCAAACAUUUAAAUCUCUUCGAUUACGUUAUGAACAACAUCAAGACAGGUUAAAAGAUCGUUCAUCUCUUGACAGCAUGCCCUCCAUUUUAAGGAAUAACCGAUUUCGUAGGGAUCCCCGGCAGUUAGACGAAGACGAAGAAAUGUGGUUUAAUGACGACGAUGACAUGGAAGAUGGCGAGCCAAUGUCUGAUACAUUAAAUAAGAAAUUAGAUGAUGAAUUUGACCAAAUUGGAAGAAUUCUAGAUAGAAGAGGAAGAGAUGCAGAAGGUAAAGAAAAUGUAAAGACACUGCCUAAUAGAUCAUCAUCACCGAUACUAAAUAAUCGAAGGAGUAAUAGUCCGAAUGCUGCUCAAUCUUUUAGUCCAACAGUGGAAGUCAAGUCGCCUACUUUAACACGAAAAGGCGGUUUGGUCGAUUAUCCCGACGAAGAUUCGGACGAAGAGGACGACGACGACUCGUCCAGCCUACCGGCGUCUAAGCGACCGAGACUCAGCUCAUAGCAUACGACAUUUGGGAUUACGCGAUCGGAAAAAUUGUUUAAAUAAUUGUUCUCCUCCGAGACACGAGUCAACGUCUCGGUUUGUAUGUAUUCCAAGCGAAGACAUGCAGUUUUUUCCCAACUGCCAGUUUGUGCCUCCACGGAUUAAUUGGCUACUUCUGGGCAUUGUAACUGAAGAUGGAUAAAAGCUGUUGUUUAGUAUGCUCCAAGAGCUGUUCCACGACCCUAAUAAAACUCAGGUGCCAGGAUUCUGUUGUAUAAAAGGAAACAAAAUGUACAUCUUUUUCAUUGGACUGUUGAUAAAAAAAAAUAUCCAAUUCAUUUGCACAUAACAUCUUAAGUUGAUCCUUAAUUUAUGGUACAGUCGACAGUAUUACCGAUGCACAGAUAUACUUUUACUAGAAGAUAUUGGUUGUGCCAUUUUAAAGUGAAUGAGUUACUCGUCACAGUCGAAAGCGAAAAAUUUUAACGGAUUUCUUUGGAUCGGGAAGUCGUAAAAACGUGCAGUCCAUCCAUCUUCCUUCACGAUAUUCUGUUAUCGGCUGGUUCGUACGUUAGAUCUGUCAUUUGUCAUAACGUUGCAGUUUUUAUAUUAAAAAAAAGUAAAUAAAUAAACCCCGACACGAGAGUGCAACACUCGUCUACAAAUGCAGUUCUCACAUCGAGUCGAGUAAAAAGAAUGAAAGAUGAUUUUGCCCAUAAAUACCAUUGCUCUGAUUCUAUUGCCUUUUUACACAAUCUCAAGCUACUGCAGAGAUAAGAGUACAAGGUUAACCAAUCCAGUCCUCAAAAGUUUAAGAGUAAAAUAAAAAAGGGAUUAAUAUUUUUAUACCUCUGUCCAUCUGCCAUAUCUUAUCGGUUGAUCACGACUUGGGAAUCUGGGCGAAAUUGCUGUUCCGUUGUUAAUCGACCAAUGCGUACACCUGGGCUCGAGGAAUCGACAUGUACAGGAGCUAAGAGAUUCGUAACGAGGUGAUUUGUGACUAGAGACGAUUUUCGGCCCGCGAGGACACUUUUUUUUUGUUUUUGUUUUUUGUUCUUUUUUUAUCGUGGAUUCCUCCUCCACGCCUUUGCCUUUCGAGACUAUCUCAUUGCUGCACUUUUCUCGGAAAUGAAAAAAAAAAGUAAUAUUGACUCUAAAUAGGAAAAAAAACAUCAUGUGAAUUUGCCCAAUUAUAAUGACAGUGUCAUUUUGUAAAGUUAUUCAUGUCACAGAAAUUUGGCAAAGGAUUUAAACUCAUGUAGUUGCAUUGCUCUUAGAGUGUUGUCACAUUCAGAAGUAGGGGUAUUUGUGUAUGUAGAAUAUAUCCAGUGUUCUUUUUAUCUGAAUAAAAAAAUCAAGUUAUUUGAAUACAUUCAAA